AGGCUGAAAACGAAGGGCCGGUAUGAGACAUUUUGUGGUCUAUAUAUAUAGAAGAAGGGAGGAGAGAGAGAAAUAUAUAUAUAGAGACAAUGGGUUAUGCAUCAUCUUCCUCGGUUGUGUUAUGUUUGUUACUCUUCUUCACAUUUGCUUUCGUCUCUUCUUCUGCUCGCCUCAGUCUUUCAUUUCCAGAAAAUGAAAUGAGGGUGGUGAGAGAACGGUCAUUGAUGGUGAGCACCAACGACUACGGUGAACCUUCAGCUAACGGCAGACACGAUCCACCUCGCGGCGGCCGAGGACGCAAACGUUGAGAGGGUGAUAAUCUUUUUUGUCUUCUUAAUUUUACUUGCAAGCUUACAAAUAAUGUAUGUAUACUGAGAGAGCAAUAAAAAUAACUCAAAAAUAAAACCUUUAUUU